GUGAGCUGAUCAGAGAGAAAGCAUUCUGCCAGCCCAGCGCCUACAAAUCGCAGUCACUUCCUAACCUCCCCCUUUUUAACAUAUUUGAUCACUUUGAUUCUCUGUUCUCUCUCUUAUUAUUUUUACGCGCAUGAAGGAGGUUCUAUAGGUUGUGAUCUUUUUGUUUUAUUAUCGGUCCUGCUUGCCGGAGAGUUGACUUCAUAUUUGACUCGAGCACAGGCUGCAACUGCGCGCGGCUGCUAGCGCUACCUCAUCUGAAGAAAAGGAAGAAGCGGCAAUAUUUUUUGCCAGUUGUUGGUUUUCUACAAGACUUUACACUGGAACUUCUCUUGUGUCGCAAGUAUCUUUGAAAGCUGCGUGUCUCUGUGCGUCCGAACAUCGCUCCACGCGUGAACUUAUCCGUCCUGCUCUGUUCGUAUCUUCUUCCGCAGUGUUUAUUUUCCAUUUUUUCCUUGAUGGGUUUACUGGAUGGAUGACUGCAAGUGCCCCUGGACUUGGCCUCUAAGAGCAAGGCUGCUAUUCGGCUUGCUUCAGUUUUAACCACAUGCCAGGUAACGCUAUUUUAGUCAAGAAAUAGACUACUGUUUCUCGUCGGUGCGCAACUUUGAACGGACAUUCAGACUCUAACCGACCGUGCCGAUCCUGAAUUAUUUAUUUUACCUUCCUAAGUGAUAGAGGCACCGUGCUGCGUUAUUUUUUGAAACAAAACAUUCCGAAACCAAAAACGGGGAACAAAAAGUUUUUUUAACGUUGACUGAUAGAUAUGGCAAUGGUAGUGUGGAGAGGCUCCCAGGACGAUGUGGCCGAGACCCAUGGCACCCUCUCAUCGCAAACCCAAGGAGGACUAUCCCUUCCGACCCCUCAACCAGGCCAGCUGGGUCUGACGGCCUCUCAGGUUGCCCCUCCGACCCCUCAGACACCCGUUCAAGGACCCCCGAACAACAACAACAACACACAGUCCACCCCGACGAACCAGACGACGCAGAGCCAGUCGGAAAAGCAGCAGCCACAGCAUAUAGAGUGCGUGGUUUGCGGGGACAAAUCCAGCGGCAAACACUAUGGCCAGUUCACUUGCGAGGGGUGCAAAAGCUUUUUCAAACGGAGCGUACGAAGGAACCUCACUUACACAUGCCGUGCCAACAGGAAUUGUCCCAUUGACCAGCACCAUCGCAAUCAGUGUCAGUACUGCCGCCUCAAAAAAUGCCUCAAAGUUGGCAUGAGACGGGAAGUUUCUCUUUUUACUGCAGCCGUGCAAAGGGGACGAAUGCCACCCACACAGCCACACCAUGGUCAGUUCGCCUUGACAAAUGGGGACCCACUGCACUGCCAUUCCUACUUAUCCGGAUAUAUCUCUCUACUACUACGAGCGGAGCCCUACCCAACUUCUCGGUAUGGCAGUCAAUGCAUGCAGCCCAACAACAUCAUGGGCAUCGAGAACAUUUGUGAACUGGCAGCCAGGAUGCUGUUUAGUGCGGUAGAGUGGGCCAGGAAUAUUCCCUUCUUCCCAGACCUCCAAAUCACCGACCAGGUUGCCCUUUUGAGGUUGACCUGGAGUGAGUUGUUUGUGCUCAACGCUGCUCAGUGCUCCAUGCCGCUCCAUGUGGCUCCACUUCUGGCGGCGGCUGGGCUCCAUGCCUCCCCCAUGUCUGCGGACAGAGUGGUCGCCUUUAUGGACCACAUUAGGAUCUUCCAAGAACAAGUAGAAAAGCUCAAAGCUUUGCACGUUGACUCUGCUGAAUACAGUUGUUUAAAGGCCAUCGUUUUAUUCACUUCAGAUGCUUGUGGCCUGUCAGAUGUGGCCCAUGUGGAAAGUUUGCAAGAAAAGUCCCAGUGCGCUCUGGAGGAGUACGUUCGGAGCCAGUAUCCCAACCAACCAACUCGAUUUGGGAAGUUAUUACUGCGCUUGCCCUCUCUCCGUACAGUCUCAUCUUCGGUCAUAGAGCAAUUAUUUUUCGUCCGAUUGGUAGGUAAAACCCCAAUUGAAACCCUCAUCAGGGAUAUGUUGCUGUCGGGGAGCAGUUUUAACUGGCCUUAUAUGUCGAUUCAGUAGGCAGAAGGAAUGAUCAAAGGGGCUGUGACUACAAUAGUUAGCGCUUCUUUUGUAGAAGGAAACGGCUGUUACACGAGUUUACUUUCACGAAGAAAGACUUUCAUACAAUGACUGUGAAUUUUAAAAUUGAGACAUUCAGUGAAGCCUCGAAAUCCAGAGAUUGCUCCCAGUGUCAUUCUGAACAGUUUGUUCUAAUGUUUUUUUUUUAUUGUUUGUUGUUUUUUAUUUUGCAAAAAAAAUAAUAAAUGCAAAAAUGAAGACAUGAAUAACCCACUAAAAUUAAUACAAGACAUAAGAAAAACAAAGGAUUUCUAUAAUCCUCUCAUCAACAGCAAAAUUAUAAAGUGCAUUUAAGCGACAAUUUGGAAAAAUUAGGGAAAGAAGAGUAACGUUCUUUUUUCCCAAAUUGCUAUAUUGUCCUGUGUCCAUGUAUCUAUAGCUGUUUUUGUAAUUUUUGUUCCUCCUUUCUGGUUCCAAACCGGCCUAUGUGAUUCUGUAGUAUGCAGUUGUUGUUUAUUUUUUUUUUUUUUUUAUAAUUUUUUUUUUCUAAUAACCAUGACUUCUUCUGAAACAGUUCAGUAAUGUAAAGACGUUCUUCGAAAAUUCGAGAAUUAAAACUAAAUCCACAGCAAUAUAGGCUAUGCUUAAUGCUGCAAGCGCACUUAACUCUAUGGAUGUCCCUCAAUGAACAAGAGUAGGGAUUAUUUUCAUAAUCGAAUCGAACUUGUAUCCACAAAAUGCCAGAGCACUAUUAAUGUACCAGUGUGUUACUUUUCAUAACACUGAUAAGACAUGCCCCCAAAAAUAAAUAUUCCUCAAAAUGGAUGCAGAAGCAAUACUCAACUCUGCGAAAAACUGCCAUUUGCUUAUAUGCGACACAACAGUGUUUGCAAAAUGUCAUCUUAUCGGUUUUAGAGAGUUACGACCUGCUUCCAUUUUUAUAUUUGGAUUUGGGGAUGAUCGUCAGGUUGUAAUGCAAAAAAGUACUGCAAAGUAUUUGAUUUUACAGUAAAAGAAACCCUCCCACUUAAUAUUUUCAAAUGUAUUACAGACGGUUACCUAAAGUUGCGCCCAAGCGAAUUUUCGCUCUAGUGUUUUGCCACAGUAAACUGUAUUUUGAACGUGAGGAAAUGAUGGGUCAUCAUUCUUUUAAUGAUAAAGCAGCAGUAUUAUUAAGACGUCCCUAUAAAUGCCCCUCAACACUUAAAGCAUUAAAGUGCCUGUACAGCGCAAAUGUGUUAUUAACGGUUACUGAAGUCUAUACACCAUGGGGAACACGCUUAGGAUUUACAAAAUAAGUCUUAUAAUUGUUCAUUUCACUUGAGGGGAAAAACAAGUAGAGGCAGUAUUCUUGUAAAUAUAGGUCAAUUCAUUUCAAGGACUUUUCUUUAUACAGCGUAUAUGUGAUUAAGAAUAAAACUGUGGUUGCCAAUUUUUUCGGUAAUACAAAUGUCUUCAAAUGAGUGACAGACUUAGCUAGUAGCACUGAAAGUUCUGUUUGUAAUGUACAUACAUAUUAAGAGAAAUGUUUUUUUUUUUCUUCUUUUCUUUUUCAUGUAUUUAGACUGUGAAUGCAUGGCCACAGGUCGCUAACCUAUUUUACCUUUGAUAUAUAUAUAAAUAUAAAUAUAAAUGUAAAUGUUUUUGACUGUAUAGAUAUAAUCUGUGCAUUCAGUACACUAGCCCUUGUAUUUAAAACGACAAAAAGGAAAAAAAAGUUCGACGAUAGGUUGACACUUAACAGGGUGAGCUGGUUUGGAAAGGGGUGGCUAUUUUGACUUGGUGUUCUGCUCCUUUUCGGUCUGUAACAGAUGCCUUGUGUGUGUAUGUGUGAAAGCUUGCAAUUUCGUCCUUGUUUUGAGGCUUUUCUUCAACACACAAGACACCAUGUUGUGAUUGGAUAAAAAGGGAUCAUAUUGUGUAGUUGAUUGAACAGUUAUUUUGGGCUGUUCUCUGCCACAUAUGGACCAGUGAAUGAUACAUGAUUGUAAUUAUGAACAGUUUAAACUGACCCACGUUUUUAUAUAAAUAUAUAAAAUAUAUUACUGCAGGGUAUUGAUAACGUAUAGAUACUUUUUUAUUAUUAUUGAUUAUUAUUAAUUGCAAGUGAUAUACGUGAGUGUGUGUGGAAGUUUAUAGUUGAAAACAAUUCUUGUUUGUUUGUGUUAGCUUAUUGUAAACAAGCAUUCUGCUGUAAAUUUGUUCUUGGUAUUAAAUUAUAAUUUAUGAAUUUGAAAUCAAAA